GUUACCCUCCACAGCAGCGCGCGGCGUGCUUCACGUCGUUGUGUGGAAGAAGCGGAAGUCGUCAAUUUUGACGGAAGUUGUGAGAAGAAUACCUCGUGAGAUAAACUUGGCUGUUUAAUACGAAGAUCCUCAGCAAUGGUGAAGAUUUUUGUGGGGAACCUUCCUCAAGAAGCUACUGAGGAUGAGAUCAAGGAGCUCUUUGAGGAGUACGGCACGGUCACUGAAUGCGCCAUCAUCAAGAACUUUGCCUUUGUCCAUAUGGAUGACCGUAAGGCUGCCACCAAAGCCAUCAGGACCCUUCAUCAGCACAAGCUCCACGGCACAGCGAUCAACGUCGAGGCCAGCCACGGGAAGAACCAGGGCCCCGUGAAACUGCAUGUAGCCAAUGUAGAAAAAGGAGCUGAUGACGAACUCCGUGCUCUGUUUGAAGAGUACGGUACGGUCACAGAGUGUGCUGUUGUCAAGAAUUUUGCUUUUGUGCACAUGCCCAACUAUGAUGAGGCCAUGGAUGCUAUGAAAGAACUGGAUAACUCUGAGUUUCAAGACAAACACAUCCACGUUCAGGUUUCUAAGAGUCGACCUAGGUAUGAAGAAUCUGAAGACUACCCACCUCCUCCCCCAGACAGGGGAGGCUACUGGCCUCCACACUAUCCAGGAGAGCGGCCUGAGCCGCCCCCACCCGGCUACCUGAGGGCUCGCCCCAUGCCCCCUGGUUACCCAGGUCCUCCUCUGCCACCCCCUCCCCCCAGGCGGUCAGUUUAUUUAGAGCGACCCUAUGACAGCGAAAGGGAGCGAUACAGCGUAGUAGAUUACUACGAGAAGUACCGAGCUCGUCAGUAUGCCAGAUCUCCCUAUGAAGAGCAUCGUGCUAUACCCCCACCUCCUCCGCCUCCGCCCUCUUCUAUCGUUCGAGACCGCCCUCUGACCUCACCGCUUAAUCCAUAUGAGCGUCGGCCCCUCCCUCCACCCCCUCCGCCUACCCCCUCAUCGUACUACGCCCGAGAUCGCAGCCCAAUCAGGAGGGCUCCUAACGCACCGUUGCCCCCUCCGCCCAGUAACGGCUAUGCUUAUGAGCGCUCUCGACUCUCUCCUGUUUCCCGGGCCCCUGCAUAUGGCGUUCCACGCGCAAUGGACCCCUAUGCAGGCAGGCUGCCUCCGCCACCUGCACGUUAUGCAUAUUGACAAUUGAAGGAAUUUUGUCCGACUGCGUUGCGGCUCGGCGCCUCCUGAGUCACGCAUCUCUAUCUCUUCAUCGCUGCGGCUUGGCGCGUCGUGUAGGCCUUUGAUGAUUACGAGAAGAGCCACACCGGCGGCGUCGACGUCUCUUUUUGUUUUAACUUGGGAGAAUUCUUUCUUUCUUUUACAUUUUUUUGGGAAUAAUUCUACUAGUAGUAUUUUUAUUGCUUUAACGUCUGAGUAAACGCAUCGUAUGUUUCAAUUUCUUUACUUUUUUGCAUCGUUUAAAUGAUUUUGAUCUGUGUGAGUCUGACAAACCUAAAUUAUGCCUGCAACAUAAUAACAUCAAAACUUUGGCCCCCGAACAGAAUUGUAGUUGCACGUUUGUUCCGUCAUGUCAGUAAAACACUAAAUUCUCCAACAAUGAUAGUGUAAACCUUUUGUUGCUAUGAAAGCAGAUUUAUGUCGUCAAUUUUUAAAGGAUAAAUGGGGUGGAGGGAGGUCAUUUGCUACGUCUUUAUCUAAAAAGAAAAAAACUACUUUGAUCACGAUUGAUUUUUAAAAACAACCAAAAGGAUAAAACAUCCUAGGGGUGAAUACGUUUUAUAGGCACUGUCUUACUUGUAGGCGUAAUAAAUAACCUUGUCAAAGUCGGUGUGUUAGAUAAAGAACGUGCCGUCUUUCUUGUGAGAUCCCAAAGUUUACUCUUUCCAUCUGCAGAAUGCCCAACUUACCCCUGCUGUUUAUGCCAAAAUGUUGCUAUUUUCCCCAUUUGAACCGCCCCCCAAAAAAACAACAAAAGAACGAAGAGGCAGCGAACAUUUAAUAGCAGAGGCUAAUUUAUUUGCAUGCGGGGUCAGGAUUACAUCAAAGGCAGCUGAGCACCCUCAUGAUGAACAGGUAAGACAACUUACCAAUACAGCCUCGUGUUUAGGUUAUGUCAGUUUUGCUAGGUAAAAUCAGUCAUGCAGGUUGAUAUCAGUCCUUGAUAUCAACCUGCAUCAACCUGGUAAUUUGAUACAACAAAUUACCUCUUUAUUUAUAUUUACUCACUGGCAAAACUAGUUGAGCACAAUUUAAGCAUGAAGGUCAUCUUCUAUCGGAACUUGAGAAUACUUGUGUAUAGUCGUGUAUAAAUGAGUUUGUAAGGCCAUAGCACUUGAGUACAGGUGUUAGUAUCACAACCCAAAUGUAAUACACCAGUAAUCUGACCAUGUGAUGACGGUCAAAACGGUGAGUAAAGGUAGAUGGAUUGUUUGACAGGUGUUUGAUUAGGGUUGCAUUUUGGUUUCUCAUAAGAUCGACUGCCAAUAUUCUGCAGCAUGUACUCCUUACGACUCCUUAAUGGACUUUAAUGAGUCCAUUAAAGUCAAAUGGACUCAUUUGACUUUAAGCAUUCUCUGUCAUUGUAACUUCCAGUAUCAUCUCCCCUUGACCCAUGACUCCCUCAUGUAAGGUGUUGUAAAAGAUUGCAGCUUUGUUUGGAAUUUGAUCAUAUGAAAUCAGUUUUUAUUAAUUGCAUGGCUAUUCCAAAUCAUUUUAUAGCCUACCGAAUUGUUUAUAAAAGCAUUCUUUCUAAAUCCUUCAUUUGGUGCUUUACUGGUUUUGUCAGUCAGUGUUAACAGUCUAGUAAGGAAGUGCUGCAUUUUUAAGACACAGGCAGUAAAA